AUGAAGCACAAGAUCAAAUAUAUGGGAACGUACGCAUCGCUAGAAGUAAAAGUUCACGUUCAAAUAACCGUUCUGGAUAAGAAUGACAGUCCGCCAUCUUUCAAUGAUGCUUCUCUCAAGUAUUCGGUGUCCGAAGACCUGAGUCCUGGACAGCCGGUGGCUACAAUAAAAGCCGAAGAUCCUGACACGUUAGGAAAUUUAGAAUACACUCUUGUAGCUGGCGAUGAUGGCCACUUUUCUCUUGACAGCACUUCAGGAGUUCUUCAACUAAUUGAUUCCGUAGAUAGAGAAACGAAAGACGUUUACAAGUUGACCAUUAGAGCCAGCGAUGGAAUUCAACAUUCUGAUACUGUAAUUACCGUACAGGUGACCGACACGAACGACAAUCCACCGGUAUUUGCGGAGAGCGCAUAUUCAUUUGAUAUUCCGGAAAAUGCUGCACGAGGAUCACGAGUUGGUCAAGUACGAGCCGGCGAUCCUGAUUUAGGAGUCAAUGCACAAUUGACUUAUUCCGUUAUUAGCGAUUGGGCUAAUGACGUAUUUUCACUUAAUCCACAGACCGGAGUCUUCACGCUCACCGCACGACUCGACUAUGAGGAGGUGCAACAUUACAUACUCGUGGUCCAGGCGCAGGAUUCGGGACAUCCGGCUUUGUCCAGCACGCUUACGGUUUACUGUAACGUGCUGGACUUGAACGAUAACUCGCCGGUUUUUGAUCCAAUGUCCUACAGCAACGAAAUUUUUGAAGAUGUUCCCAUCUCCACUUCGGUCGUUACCGUUAGCGCAACGGAUAUGGAUUCCGGCGAGAACAGUCGUUUAGUGUACACAAUCACGUCGGGAGAUGAAAAUAACGAUUUUCGAAUCGCCCCAAACGGCACAAUCCUAACGAACAGGAAUCUGGAUAGAGAAACCCAAGGAAUUUACAACCUUGUCGUUACUGCGACCGAUCAAGCCGUUUUACCGCAACACCGCCUUUCUUCGACGGUACAGGUCGCCAUUACCCUGAAAGAUGUAAACGAUAUGUCGCCGGAAUUUAUUACGCCAAAUGAUACAUCAGUCGCUGAAAACAUACCGAUAAACACGGUAGUGAUGGCCAUAAAAGCGAUCGACAAGGAUGAAGGCCGUAAUGGUUACAUUGAGUAUUCGCUAUCGAAUGAUCUGUCUUUAAAUGGAGUGUUCUCUUUGGGCCCAGUCGACGGCCUGCUUCGAGUUUCCGGAAGGAUCGACAGGGAGUUCAAGAAUAAUUACACCUUGCAGGUGACGGCGCGCGACCGCGGCGAUCCACCGAGAAGCACGCGGACCGAAAUUUUUGUCAAAAUUUUGGACGAGAACGAUAACAGUCCCGUUUUCGAUCCGAAGCAGUACAGCGCCUCGAUCGCCGAAAACGCUUCGAUCGGUGCAAGCGUGCUUCAGGUUUCGGCGACGGACAUCGAUGACGGAUUAAACGGGAGGGUGCGUUACUCGAUUAGUGCCGGCGAUACGAAUCGCGACUUUAGCAUAGCGGAAGAUACGGGCGUGGUGCGCGUCGCGAAAAAUUUAAAUUACGAGCGAAAAUCGCGAUACGUCUUAACGGUGAUCGCAGAAGAUUGUGCGGGAGAUAUAACAGGUGAUAUUGUGCGAACCGAUUCCGCGGAAAUAUCCAUCUCGGUAUCGGACAUCAAUGACAAUCCGCCGACGUUUCUGGAUUCGCCUUAUUUGGCUUACGUGAUGGAGAACGUCAUUCCGCCUAACGGUGGUUACGUAAUUACAGUGCAAGCUUACGAUGCCGACACACCACCUUUUAAUUCCUUAGUGAAAUACUUCAUUAAGGAGGGCGAUACGGAUGUAUUUCGUAUUAAUGCUUCCACUGGCGAAAUUUCGCUUGUAAGGGCUUUGGAUCGGGAAAUUCAAGCGGAGUACACCCUGUCUCUUGUUGCAAUGGAUACAGGUUCACCACCUUUAACCGGCACGGGCACCGUUCGAAUAAUUGUCCAGGACGUUAACGAUCACAGUCCAGAAUUCAAACGCCAAAUGUAUCAUGCCACUAUCGCCGAGAAUAAUCCAACGGGUUCGUGGGUUUUAACGCCGGUUGCCACCGACAGAGAUAGCGGUCCAAACGCGAAAAUACGCUACAGUUUGCUUGGAGAUAAGGUGAACCGAUUUAAAGUGGAUCAAGACACUGGGGUGAUAACCACAACAACCCAGUUGGACCGUGAAGACACCGAUACCUAUUUUCUCACCCUUAUGGCACAAGAUUGCUCGCCCACAGAACCACGAGCCGCCGCUGUAAAUCUAACCAUCACAGUAUCCGACGAAAACGACAACUCUCCGGUGUUCUCUUCGCCGUCCUUCGAAAUCUACAUCGCCGACAACACCAAGGCCGGACAAUUCGUCUUUGGCGCAAAGGCCACCGAUAAUGAUAUUGGGCGUAACAGCAAAAUCACAUAUUCGCUCACAGGGCAGCACUCCAAAAAUUUCUCUAUCAACCCCGAGACUGGCGUAAUCAAAGCCGCGCAACAUCUACAGAAAAUUCACAGCGGAGUUUUCAAUUUAGAAAUUGAAGCAACCGACGGCGGAAAAGUCCCGAGGAAGGCCAGCACGGAGCUGAAAGUGUUCCUAAAACUCUCCGGCUUGUUUCCCAGCUUCGUACAGUCGGUCGAAACGAACUUCGUGCUCGCCGAAAACAUCGAGGAAGGCAAGUUGAUAACGACGGUGAAGGCGACCUCGCCGAAAAAGGGUCUGGUUGGAAACGUUCGGUUCGCGAUCGCCGGCGGAAACAUAGGCGACGCAAUCAAGAUUGACAAAACCACGGGAGAGGUGCAGGUCGCCGGUAAGGGGUUAGACUACGAGACAUCGGCGCAGUAUAAAAUAUGGGUCGAGGCGAAAGAUUCGGAUAAUCCGCCAUUGACGAGUGUGCUUCAGUUGAAUAUAAACGUGACGGAUGCCAACGAUAACCCCCCGAUACUGAGCAGCCCUUUGUACAACGCAUCGGUGCUUGAGGAGGAGUCUCCUCCUCUUUUGGUCGUGAAAGUGUCGGCUUCGGAUGCGGAUUCUGGCGAAAACGGACAAGUCACCUUCAGGCUACUGGACGACUUCGACGGUUCGUUUGAGAUGGAUUCGGAAAGUGGCGAAAUCUACACGAACACCAAGUUGGAUAGGGAGGAAACUGCCGCUUAUGAACUGAUAGUUGAGGCCAUCGACCAAGGGACGCCCCAAUUAACUGGUUCUGCCACUGUCUUGGUGACAGUUCUAGACAAAAAUGAUAAUCCACCCCGUUUCACUAGGCUGUUCAGUGUGAACGUAACGGAGAAUGCAGAGAUAGGGUCGUUUGUUAUUCGAGUUACAAGCUCUGAUCAAGAUAUCGGUGAGAAUGCGAACGCCACUUAUAACUUUACAGAAAAUCCUGGUGAAAAAUUCACAAUCGAUCCUAUUAGCGGGAACGUGACCGUAGUUGGGGCGCUGGACAGAGAGCAACAGGAUGAGUACCUACUGAAAGUGGCGGCUGUAGAUGGCGCGUGGAGAGCCGAAACUCCCCUAACUAUAACGAUACAAGAUCAAAAUGACAACGCGCCUGAAUUCGAGCACUCCUACUACAGCUUUAAUUUUCCCGAGCUGCAACGCGACAUUGUGUUUGUUGGGCAGGUGACUGCUACUGAUAGGGACAAACAAGGACCGAACUCUGUGAUCAGCUACUCCCUUCAACAACCGUCCGACUUGUUCACGAUCGAUCCGGCCUCGGGAGAGCUUUUCAGCAAACGUACCUUGAAGUAUAAACACACCCAGCGCGAUUCUUCGCCGGAAAACAUGCACCCCUUAACGGUUUUGGCGACGGACAACGGAAAGCCCCCGAUGUCUUCGGAGUGCUUGGUCAUCGUAAAUGUGGUCGAUGCGAAUAAUAAUAUGCCAAAAUUCGAACAGCAGGAGUAUUUAACACCUGUACCCGAAGAAGCGAGCGAAGGUCAACGUUUAAUUAAAGUAACGGCAAGGGAUGAUCUGGAUUACGGCGUAAAUGCGGAGGUUGAGUACUCGGUGGUCGGAGGAAACGGGACGGCGUACUUCGCCAUCGAUAAACUCAACGGGUGGAUUAGUUUACUCAAACAAAUCCGAGGGGUCGGUACCAUUUUCGAGCUGCGGAUUCUUGCAACGGAUAGAGGCGUGCCGCCUCAACAAGACGAGGUGACCGUCACUUUGGUGGUGUCUGGCGAAAACAAGUUUAGUCCGAUAUUCACCGCGUUGAGCUACCAGGUGAUAGUUCCAGAAAAUGAGCCGCUCAGCUCGACUAUCCUCACAGUUAGCGCAACUGACAACGACCAAGGCCCGAACGGCAUGAUUCGCUACGACAUAUCGGCGGGAAAUGAGCGAAAAGAGUUUGCGAUCGAUCCAAUAUCCGGCUCCAUCACCAUUCUGCAACCUUUAGAUUAUGACACAAUCCAAGAGUAUCACCUGAAUAUUACCGCACAGGAUUUGGGAUUCAAGCCCCACCAGGCCGUCGCGAUGUUGCGCAUCACCUUGACCGAUAUCAACGACAACGCGCCCACGUUCAAUCAAUCAACCUACGACGCUUACAUCGCGGAAAAUCAGCCAAUCAACAGCUUUGUGUAUCGCCUCACCGCGACCGACAUAGACUCCCCGAAGAACGCGAUAAUACAAUACUCAAUAUCUGGAGGUUCCGGAAGGGAGGUGUUCGCCAUAGACUCGAAGACCGGCGUCAUCACCGCUAAAGUAAAAUUCGAUUACGAAGAGGAGUCGUUUUACAAUUUGAACGUUGUCGCGGCGAACCCUGAUUCGGCAAUGUACGGAACGACGGAGGUACUCAUUCGAAUCAUCGGCGUUAACGAGUAUUACCCGCGGUUUAUUCAGCCAGUCUUCCACUUUGAGGUUUCGGAAAGUACGGAGAUCGGAACGAGUAUUGGUGUGAUUCAGGCGACCGAUCAAGAUUCGGGGAAAGAUGGAAGGGUGUACUACUUGUUCGUCGGUUCGAGUAACGACAAAGGAUUCAACAUCAAUGCGGAGAGCGGUAUCAUAACAAUUUCGAGGCACUUGGAUCGUGAAACGCAAAGUCGAAUUGUGCUGACGGUGAUGGCGAAGAAUUCUGGUGGAAUACGCGGAAAUGACACCGACGAAGCUCAGGUGAUAAUUACCGUGCAGGAUGGAAACGAUCCGCCAGAGUUUCUUCAGCGCUUCUACGAGACGAAGAUUCUCGAAAAUGCAGUCGUCGGUUCUAAGGUGGUCAUGGUCAAAGCUGUCGAUAAAGAUGUUCGCCCGCAAAAUAAUCAGUUUAGCUACUCCAUCAUUGGGGGCAACACCGACCAAGCGUUUAAGAUUGAUCCACAGUCUGGUGAAAUUGAAACUACGCGCGUUUUGGACCGGGAAACUAUCCCGGUUUACAAUUUGAUCGUUGGCGCCAUCGACACAGGGGUGCCACCACAAACCGGAUCGGCUACGGUCAAAGUGCAACUUGGUGAUGUUAACGACAACGGGCCUGUAUUUGAUCCAGCGGAUGUGAUUGGUUCCAUUUCCGAGAACGAACCGCCUAACACCAGCGUCAUGACACUGUCGGCCAAGGAUCCAGAUUUGCCUCCAAAUGGCGCGCCCUUCAUGUACAAAAUUAUUGGAGGGAAACACCGGGACUAUGUAAAGGUGGAUAAAAACACAGGCGUUGUGCAAACUACAAAGAUGAUCGACAGAGAAAAUACCCCAGUUCUCAACUUUAUCAUUGAAGUUGAAGAUAGUGGCACUCCGAAAAUGAAAUCCCAGUCAAAUGUAAAAAUUAACAUCUUAGAUCAAAAUGAUAGCCCGUCCAGCCCGAGAUCUGUGCACGUGCUGGUUCACACCUUCAACGGCGCUUUCCCCCUUGGAAACAUAGCAGAUGUGCACCCUAAUGAUCCAGACAUAAAGGGAGACUACAGAUGCAGAAUCUUGCAAGAUACCAGCAAUGGAGUUCUUAGUAUAUCUUCAGGCUGUAAUUUGCACGCCUCUCGUAUCACACCAAAUCAGGGUUACUCACUGUCGGUAUCUGGCAAUGAUGGCAAACACGGCGACGUCUCAUCGUCGGUGACAGUCGAAUUUUCAGUAUUCACCAAUGAAACCGUUGAGAAUUCCAUUACAUUAAGGGUUGACAACGUGACAGCGCAAUACUUUCUAACUCACAUCUACCGAGGUCUUGUCGACUUUCUAAAGAGCACCCUCUCCCCCGGCGAGUCCUUAUUGUUGUACGGGUUAAACGAAAACAAAGAAGCGGUCGAGCUCACUUUGGCGAUCAAAACUUUUUCGGCAUACAAACCGAAAUCGCACACCCUGGAGAAGCUGGAGAGCAAAAAGGAAUUCCUAAUUGGUAUACUGCAGACUUCUUCAGUUACCAUCGGCUACACACCGUGCUCGGUAGGCACAUGCGAAAAUCGAGGCAUUUGCACUUCGGACAUUUCGAUUCAUAAAACAACGCGAAUUUUCGACAGCCCGAACUUGGUGUUCACUACUCCGUUAGUGAGUCACACCUACGCCUGCCAAUGCGUCGACGGAUUCACUGGGCAGAAUUGCGACAAGCGGCAGGAUCCUUGCAUUCCGAACCCGUGCAAGUCAGGUGGCCAAUGUAGGCGUCAAGGCUUUAACUUCCAGUGCGCCUGCCCGCCGUCGCGCGAUGGGCGAUUUUGCGAAUCGGAACGGGGCGAUGCGUGCUCGAGCAAUCCGUGCCAAAACGGCGGUUCUUGCCGCGCGAGUUCGGACGGCACGUUUUUCUGUCUGUGCCGUUUGGGAUACCGCGGCAACCAGUGCGAGGCGUUGGUCGAUUCGUGCAGACCCAACCCUUGCCUUCACGGGGGGCUGUGCGUCAGCCUCAAACCGGGUUACAAGUGCAGCUGCUCGGAUGGCCGCUAUGGAAGACACUGCGAAAAAUCUACCUUUGGCUUCCAGGAGUUGUCGUAUAUGAUGUUCCCAUCUCUUGACGCCGCAACAAACGACAUAUCGUUCAUCUUUGCCACCACAAAAGAAGAUUCCUUGUUGGUAUACAAUUACGGGUCCCAAAGCGGAGGUAGAAGCGAUUUUGUCGCACUGGAACUGAUACAUGGCAAGGCGGUAUUUUCGUUUGGUGGCGCACGAACGGCCAUCACAUCGGUAACAGUAGGUGGAAAGUCUAGCAGUUUGGCCAACGGAAACUGGCAUAAAAUUACGGCGACGCGAAAUGGUAGAGUGGUCUCGCUGAGUGUUGGGACCUGCGUCGAGAAUGGGGAUGUUUGUGAAGAAUGCCGACCUGGUGACUCGUCUUGUUAUGCGGAUGAAAUCGGUCCCGCAGGAACGCUCAACUUCAACAACGAACCCCUUCUCAUUGGAGGCUUACACACUGCCGACCCAAUUUUAGAACGACCAGGACAAAUUCGCUCUGACGAUCUCGUCGGAUGCGUUCACAGCGUCUCGGUGAACGGCCGCCAGUUAAACCUGAGCAAUCCGAUUCAGUCGGCGGGAAUCGUGAACACCUGCAAUCGCAAGGUUUCCUGCGAGAGUUCGGCGCCGGACGUCUGCGCAAAUUUCGGCGCCUGCAUAGACCACUGGAAUUCCGUGAGCUGCACGUGCGGCGGCGACCUUAUCGCGCCGAAUUGCGGACUUGCUCUUCAGCCUAUCAGUAUUAGCGACGGCGGUUACGUGGAGUUUAUCAUUUCGAAGAAGCAUCGUCGCAUGCAGCUUUUGGAGACGCUCUACGGCGGAUCGACUCUUUGGCAGCAGAAACGCAAAACUCGUUCAACUGUACGUAAUACUUCUAGUCCAAGUUAUAGUUCACCAGUGAAAAGUGUUAGUGUGUUGUUCAGGACUGUGCGUGCUAGCGGAAUUAUUUUUUACGCGGCGACGAAUAAGCAUUUUACCUCCGUGGAGUUGAUCAAUGGACAAGUAGUGUAUAUAAGCAAACUAUCGACUUUAAUAAAUAUGACAAAUACAUUGGGUAGUGUAACGGAUGGUCAGUGGCAUAACUUGACUUUGCGCUCGCACGUCCAUGGGCUGGAAAUUCUUGUGGACGGACAUCGAAUAGGUGAUGAACUUGAUUCCGCAGGAGUCCACGAUUUCCUCGACCCAUACUUAACGUAUAUAUCUAUCGGUGGUGCAAGUAAGACAGUUUACCACGUAGCAAGUGUGCUACCCGACGCAUUUGAAGGAUGCCUUGCCAAUUUUAGCAUAAAUAAUGAAGUACAACCGUUUAAUGGAUCUGGAAGUAUAUUUAGUGAAAUAAUUCUCAGGGGUAAAGUUACUAAAGAGUGCAACGGACCUAUAGGCGUAGGCACUGCGGCGACGUCAGAUCCAUUGAGCAUAGGAAUAACUCUCGUAAUUGUAUUUUUCGUAGUUUUACUAGUAGCUAUCUUAGUAUCGUUCGUUGUCUUUCGUCUUCGGAAGCAAAACAAAGAAAAAGGGGGCUCUCCUGGGAGUCCAGCGGGUGUGCACAGUAAACAAAACGGUGGAAGCAAUGGACAUGUGAAUCCGGUCAGCGAAAAUAUUUUGGGACGGCCCCUUCACGCCAAUGACAAUUCUUUGGGUUACCACGUUGAGAACGGCGACAUUAUCAGAGGCGUUGGACAUCAUUUAGUCGGCCCAGAGCUUUUAUCGAAAAAAUUCAAAGAUCGCGAAAUAAUUCAAAAUGAAAUUCAAAGGCCACAAAGGCCAGACAUUAUUGAACGCGAAGUGGUGAAAAAUCCUCCUCUUCGCGAUGAUCACCCCCCUCUACCUCCAAUUACCAAUCACUCACAUGAUCACGUGCCGACGGAUUUAAACUCGGAAAUUCCGGAACAUUACGAUUUGGAAAACGCCAGUUCGAUUGCUCCGUCGGAUAUCGACAUAGUGUACCAUUACAAGGGAUUCAGAGAGGCUGGAGGGGUACGAAAAUACAAGGCGACGCCUCCUCCCGUCAGCAGUUAUCAUCACAAACACACCGCUCCGCAAACGCAAGCUCAGCACAGACAUUCGCCUCACCAUCCUGCAGGAUUUCCGCCUCGGGCACCCCCUGUUACUAGUCCGGCUUCAAGGCCACACCAAAGCACUCCACUCGCACGGUUAAGCCCGAGCAGCGAGAUGAGUGCUCAGCAACCGCGCAUUCUCACUUUGCACGAUAUUAGUGGGAAACCGUUGCAAAGUGCGCUCCUCGCCACCACCUCAAGUUCGGGUGGCGUAGGAAAAGACGUUUUACAUAGUAAUAGUGAACGUAGUUUAAAUAGUCCAGUUAUGUCCCAACUCAGUGGACAAAGUUCAAGUAGUCAUAAAGGCGGUGCGCCCCCUCCCAUUACCGCUUCAUCUCCAGGAAUGGGGCUUACUGCGGAAGACAUAGAACGCUUAAAUUCUAGACCACGAACGUCUAGCCUAGUAUCUACCUUAGAUGCCGUUUCAAGUUCUAGUGAAGCUCCUAGAGCGACCGGUGCUAAUCACUUGUCACACAUGAAACAUUCUCCAGUUCCUGAAAUCCACCACAGUUCCACCACCGACGAAAGCGGAAAUGACAGUUUCACAUGUUCCGAAAUAGAAUACGACAACGCCAGCUUGCCGGGUGACAAGUACAAGCAGAACGAUUCCGAAGCGCGACGGAACGAUUCCAGCUCCAGCAGUAAAAACCCCAUUCCCAGCGCUUCGUACGACGGAUUCGAUUCGUCGUAUCGCGGAUCGAUGAGUACCUUAGUAGCUUCCGACGAUGAACUUGGAGGGCCGUUGUACAGGCCGCCGACGGGUUCGCCCUCGACGACAGCAUUAAGCUGGGAUUAUUUGCUCAAUUGGGGCCCGAAUUUUGAGAGCCUCGUAGGUGUAUUUAAAGACAUUGCCGAACUGCCCGACUCCGUGAACGGUAGAUCGCCGUCCGCCCUCAGGCUUACAAAUGCCCCAAAACCUUCAGAAGAGUAUGUAUAGCAAAAGUGACUGAUUUAGUAAUAUUUAUGCAUUUUUAAGACUUUCGUAAAUAAAUUUGUACAACUUUUAUGAACCUUGUAUCAAGGAUUUCAGUAUCUUGCCAUAUUUUUGUAUUAUUUUGUAAAUUGUACUUGUUAAGUAACAUCUUCCUAUACUAUAAAGACUAUGUAUAUAUUUUUUUAACUAAAAGUCAACAAAGAUAGAAAUAAACAAUUAUUUAAA